UAUAUUCACCCCAGGUGUCGUCCUACAGAGACGGUUUAGAUCAUUUCUUCUCUUAAACAUUAGUUUGCAGCCAAUCUCACAACAACACUACAAAGCUAUAAGUCGAGCCGCGCGCUGGGGAUUUUGCCCGCCAUGUUUUCGUUUGCGAAGCCCAGCGUCUACCAAACUCCAACAUGCUUUGCCACAUACGGGGUGAUGGGCUACCCGGCUACCAACCAGCUCCCAACCAAAGUCAAGCCUUGGAGCACGAUACUGUCACAAGACUAUAUACAUAGGGUCGAUCUCAUCUUGCCAGAUGAGCUGUCACUCCUGAUUAAGGAAAAGAUUCUUGAUGGCGCAGCACAGAUUCCAAGCUACCAUCGAAUUAUCAUGACUCUCGGACAAGUGCUAGAAGGCGAAUUCUUCACACAGUAUAUCAAGAUCGGGGAUGUCAUGAUGCUUUCAGAGGGGAAAGUUGGCGUCGACAAUGUUUUCUCCUUAAAAGACGGAAAGCUUACUAUGUAUCUUGAUAGAGAGACCUACGAGCGAGCUGGACUUGUGGGUAAGCCUCAUGGAGUCAAAGGAGCAAGGGGGUCGCAACCAAGAUGGAUUGUCGAGUACGACCUCCGCAGCCCAUCCGCAUUGCAUGGGAAAAAAGGGUUUGACAGGCUUGUCAAUGCUUGCAAGAAUGCAUUGAAUGUACCAACAACCUGGCUUUUCUGCAGCCUCUCUAAGCCCCCUAAUCCAGAUCCUAUUGCCCAAUAUCGCCAAACUAAAUACACAGCAACACCAGCUGUUGUCCAGAAUAUGCCAAUCCAAAUUCCUCCGCUGAAUAUCCCCUCGGCUGUCCUUGCUGAUCGAAGCCGGCAAGAGCUGGGUGAAUAUUCGACCGAAAUCUAUGAAUGGCUCUCUUUGGUUCGUUUAGAGAGUCCACGGGUGGGACUUGGCGAUGAUAUCAAUCCAUACCUAUCCACCUACGCUGUACCAGGUGAUCCAAAUGGAAGCAACGAGGGCCAGUUGUGUAAGAUUACUUGGCAGGGUUUCAUAGCGCCAUUAUGGGCCGUAAACACCUUAGCGGAGUUGAUCAGGACCCUACCGCCAGAAGGAUGGUUCUCAUUUAGCACCACGCCCUUCACUCGAGGCGUAAUGGGGCUUGGUGCUGAUUAUACAAUCAUGAGGCCACCAAGCAGCCCAGGGGAGUACGUUCUCUGGGAGAUCAAGGGGCACGAAUGAGCAAGCCCAUUGAUAAUCUAUCAUGA